GGCCCUCGGAUCUUAAUUUGGACACCGCUGAUUUAUAGAGGUGUGUGUGAUUGGUUUGAGCCGCUGCUGGAGCGCUUUAAAAGCAUCAACCUCGGUCGGGCAGUCGCUCACCGGUCUGUAUAUGUGUGUGUAUAUGUGUGUUGUGUGGAAUUGUGUGCGCGCCGCCGUCCGUUCUUGUUAUUUUUUUCUGCUCUUGGGAGUCGUCGUGCUGCCGGUGGCGUAUCCGGAGGCGAACGAGAUGAUGGCCGUGGCUUUUUGGCCGAGCUCUGAGGCAAAGGAGGAUUUUCUGCACCCUGGGAAAUAACGCGGAGACAUCAUCAACAUGGCGACAGCCGCCGCGGCCCCUUCGGCUCGUUUUCCGACGGUGAAGCACCCUGCCCCAGCUGAGCCCCUUGCUGCCCUCUGAAGGAGCAGGAUGACAAGAUGGCACAGCUGCUUGUACCGCCCGGACCUGACAGCUUCCGCCCCUUCGUCCCCGAGUCGCUGGCCGCCAUUGAGAGGCGCAUCGCCGAGGAGGAGGCCCGGAGACCGCGGGCAGAGCGCCGCAGCGACAGUGACGAUGAAAAUGGGCCCAAGCCCAAUAAUGACUUGGAGGCGGGGAAAUCCCUCCCCUUCAUUUACGGGGACAUCCCUCCCCCCCUGGUGUCCACCCCUCUGGAGGACAUGGACCCCUACUACAGCAAUCAGAAGACCUUCAUAGUAUUGAAUCGCGGGAAGGCAAUCUUCCGUUUCAACGCCACUCCUGCCUUGUACAUGUUAAGCCCCUUCAACCCUCUAAGAAGGAUAGCUAUUAGAGUUUUAGUGCACUCGAUGUUCAGCAUGUUGAUCAUGUGCACCAUCCUGACCAACUGUGCUUUCAUGACCCUCAGUAAUCCCCCAGACUGGGCCAAGAAUGUAGAGUACACAUUCACAGGGAUUUACACAUUUGAGUCCCUCAUAAAAAUCCUGGCCAGGGGCUUCUGCAUGGGGAAGUUCACUUUCCUCAAGGAUCCGUGGAACUGGCUGGAUUUCAGUGUUAUUCUCAUGGCAUAUGUCACAGAGUUUGUGGACCUGGGCAAUGUCUCAGCACUGCGAACCUUCAGGGUUUUGCGAGCCCUGAAAACUAUAUCAGUCAUACCAGGUUUGAAGACCAUUGUCGGUGCACUGAUCCAGUCGGUAAAAAAGCUGUCGGAUGUGAUGAUCCUCACCGUGUUCUGCCUCAGCGUCUUCGCUCUCAUUGGCCUGCAGCUCUUUAUGGGAAACCUCAGGCAGAAGUGUCUGCGUCGGCCUGUGUCCAGCAAUGCCACCAACAGCAGCAACAUCACCUUGGAUGAGCUGAUGUUCUUUAACGGCAGCCAUUCUGAAAUCAACACCACUUUUGUGCAGAACACAACAGAAGUCUGGGAUGAGUACAUCAACGACGAUCGUAAUUACUAUUACCUCCCUGGCCGGAGGGAUGCUUUGCUCUGUGGGAAUGGAAGUGGCGCUGGGCUUUGUCCAGAGGGUUUUGUAUGCGUUAAAGCGGGUCGUAAUCCAGACUACGGCUACACCAGCUUCGACACCUUCAGCUGGGCCUUUCUCUCGCUGUUCCGACUCAUGACGCAGGAUUACUGGGAAAACCUCUACCAGCAGACACUGCGUGCAGCAGGAAAGCCCUACAUGAUCUUCUUUGUGCUGGUGAUCUUCCUGGGCUCCUUCUACCUGGUCAAUCUGAUUUUGGCCGUGGUGGCCAUGGCGUACGACGAGCAGAACCAGGCCACCAUCGAGGAGGCUCAGCAGAAGGAGGAGGAGUUCCAGGCCAUGCUGGAGCAGCUCAAGAGGCAGCAGGAGGAGGCACAGGUUGCCGCGGCAGCAGCCACGGAGAGUGGAGAGUACAGUGGGAGAGGGGGCCCCACCUCUGAGUCCUCUUCAGGGACGUCUAAGCUCAGCUCAAAAAGUGCCAAGGAGCGACGCAACAGGCGGAAGAAGAGGAAGCAGAGGGAGGAGGAGGAGGAGAGGGGGGGUCGGGACAAGUUCCACAAGUCUGAGUCCGAGGAUAGCAUCAAGAGGUCCAGCUUCCGCUUCUCCAUUGAUGCCAACCGGCUGUCUUAUGAGAAAAGAUGUUCUUCACCCAACCAGUCUCUCCUCAGUAUCCGUGGAUCCCUGUUCUCGCCUCGGAGGAACAGCCGAGCCAGCCUGUUCAGCUUCCGAGGCCGGGCACGUGACAUGGGCUCAGAAAACGACUUUGCAGAUGAUGAGCACAGCACCUUCGAGGAAAGCGACAGUCGCCGGGGCUCCUUGUUCUUGCCACGCCGCCUCGAGCGCCGCUGCAGUGCCAUCAGCCAGACCAGCCUUGGGGCGCCGCGAGUGAUGCUGCCCGCCAACGGCAAGAUGCACUGCUCAGUGGACUGCAACGGCGUGGUGUCGCUGGUCGGUGGAACUUCUGUAACAACCUCUCCUGUAGGUCUCCUGCUGCCUGAGGGGACAACUACUGAUACUGAUAUAAAGAAACGGCGUUCAGGUUUUCUCCAGCCGUCCGUCGAUUAUUUAGAUGAACCAGGGGCGAGGCAGCGUGCCAUGAGCGUGGCCAGUAUCCUCACUAACACCAUGGAAGAGCUGGAAGAGUCGAGACAGAAGUGCCCCCCAUGCUGGUAUAGAUUUGCAAACACCUGCCUGAUCUGGGAUUGUUGCCCUGCCUGGUUGAAGAUUAAGGAGGUUGUCAGUAUGGUGGUCAUGGACCCAUUUGUGGAUCUGGCCAUCACUAUUUGCAUUGUUCUCAAUACUCUUUUCAUGGCCAUGGAGCAUUACCCAAUGACUAAAGAGUUUGAUAACGUCCUCUCAGUGGGAAACCUGGUUUUCACGGGUAUCUUCACUGCCGAAAUGUGCUUCAAGAUCAUCGCUCUUGACCCCUACUACUACUUCCAGGAGGGAUGGAACAUUUUUGAUGGCAUCAUUGUCAGUCUGAGUCUCAUGGAACUCGGGUUGGCGAACGUUGAAGGCCUGUCUGUGCUCAGGUCCUUUAGAUUGCUGAGGGUCUUCAAACUGGCCAAGUCAUGGCCCACUUUAAACAUGCUCAUCAAGAUCAUCGGUAAUUCAGUGGGUGCUCUGGGGAACCUGACUCUGGUCCUUGCCAUCAUUGUCUUCAUCUUUGCCGUGGUGGGCAUGCAGCUGUUUGGGAAGAGCUACAAGGAAUGCGUGUGCAAGAUUUCUGACGAUUGCGAGCUGCCCCGCUGGCACAUGCACGACUUCUUUCACUCUUUCCUCAUUGUGUUCCGAGUCCUUUGUGGAGAAUGGAUCGAGACCAUGUGGGACUGCAUGGAGGUGGCAGGGCAGUCCAUGUGCCUGAUCGUCUUCAUGAUGGUCAUGGUCAUUGGAAAUCUGGUGGUUCUAAACCUAUUCCUGGCUUUGCUUCUGAGCUCAUUUAGUGCAGACAACCUGGCAGCAACUGACGAUGACAGUGAAAUGAACAACCUCCAAAUUGCUGUGGGCCGAAUCCAGCGGGGGUUCGCUUUUGUCAAAACCACUGUGCGACAGUUUCUCCAGAGCCUAUGCUUUGGCGGAAGCGGUAAGGGUUCUGGUUUGGCUGAGGAGAGCAAACCCCUGGAUGAACUGCACAGCAAUGGCAAGGGUAACUGCAUCCCCAACCACACAACAGUGGAGAUAACCAAAGACCCAAGUGGGGUGUAUAUGACAGAGGGCAAUGGACGGCCUGGAGGCGGGUUAGUGGUUGGGGUUGUGGGGGACACUACAGGAAAGUACCCCAUGGAUGAAUGUGACUACAUGUCAUUUAUUCAUAACCCAAGCCUCACAGUCACAGUGCCUAUCGCUGUGGGCGAGUCAGACUUUGAGAACCUUAACACCGAAGACUUCAGCAGUGACUCAUCGGAUGUGGAGGGCAGCAAAGAGAAGCUCGAUGCAGAACCCCAGCGUCUGAGCUCCUCAGAGGGGAGCACAGUCGAUAUUCGCCCUCCAGGUGAUGGAGUAGAUUCAGUGGAGCUGGAGCCAGAGGAGUCGCUCGACCCAGAGGCCUGCUUCACUGAGGGCUGUGUGCGCAGGUUUCAGUGCUGCCAGAUCAAUGAAGAAGGAGGCAAGUACAAGAGCUGGUGGACGCUCAGGAAAACCUGCUUCAUCAUAGUGGAGCACAACUGGUUUGAAUCUUUCAUCAUAUUCAUGAUCCUGCUCAGUAGUGGAGCGUUGGCAUUUGAGGACAUCUACAUUGAGCAGAGGAGAACCAUCAAAACGGUACUGGAGUAUGCAGACAAGGUCUUCACAUACGUGUUCAUCCUGGAAAUGCUGUUGAAGUGGGUGGCUUACGGCUUUGUCAAGUACUUCACCAACGCCUGGUGCUGGCUCGACUUCCUCAUUGUAGAUGUGUCCCUGGUCAGCCUUGUAGCUAAUGCUCUGGGCUACUCUGAGCUCAGCGCCAUCAAAUCUCUGCGGACACUGCGAGCCCUUCGGCCCCUCAGGGCCCUGUCUCGGUUUGAGGGCAUGAGGGUUGUGGUCAACGCUCUGCUGGGGGCCAUCCCCUCCAUCAUGAAUGUGUUGCUGGUCUGCCUCAUCUUCUGGCUCAUCUUCAGCAUUAUGGGCGUCAACCUGUUUGCCGGGAAGUACUAUAAAUGCGUCAACACCACCACAGACGAGAUCUUCCCCAUCAGCAUGGUCAACAAUAAGAGUGAAUGCUUCGCCUUGCAGAACAACAGCGCCCGCUGGAAAAAUGUCAAAAUCAACUUUGACAAUGUUGGAGCAGGAUAUUUGGCUCUAUUGCAAGUGGCGACCUUUAAGGGAUGGAUGGACAUCAUGUAUGCAGCAGUGGACUCUCGCGGUGUCGAGGACCAGCCUGAAUAUGAAGUGAACUUGUACAUGUACCUCUACUUUGUCAUCUUCAUUAUCUUUGGCUCUUUCUUCACCCUCAACCUAUUCAUUGGUGUCAUCAUCGACAACUUCAACCAGCAGAAGAAGAAGUUUGGAGGUCAGGAUAUCUUUAUGACAGAGGAGCAGAAGAAGUACUACAAUGCUAUGAAGAAGCUGGGCUCCAAGAAACCCCAAAAACCAAUACCUCGGCCAACAAAUGCAUUUCAAGGCUGUGUAUUCGACUGCAUCACAAAGCAGGCCUUCGACAUUGUGAUCAUGAUCCUCAUCUGCCUUAACAUGGUGACCAUGAUGGUUGAGACAGACGAUCAAACAAAAGAGAUGGACACGAUCCUCUACUGGAUCAACCUUGUCUUCAUUGUGCUCUUCACCGGGGAGUGUGUGCUGAAGAUGAUCUCGCUGCGUCACUAUUACUUCACAAUUGGCUGGAAUAUAUUCGAUUUUGUUGUGGUGAUUCUGUCAAUCGUAGGUAUGUUUUUAUCUGAAGUUAUCGAGAAGUACUUUGUGUCCCCAACGCUGUUCCGUGUGAUCCGUCUGGCCAGGAUUGGCCGCAUCCUCCGCCUUAUCAAAGGUGCCAAAGGCAUCCGGACGCUUCUCUUUGCCUUGAUGAUGUCGCUUCCUGCCCUGUUCAACAUCGGCCUCCUCCUCUUCCUUGUUAUGUUUAUCUACGCCAUAUUUGGCAUGUCUAACUUUGCCUACGUCAAACGUGAGGCAGGAAUCGAUGACAUGUUCAAUUUUGAGACUUUCGGGAACAGUAUGAUCUGUUUGUUUCAGAUCACCACCUCGGCCGGGUGGGACGGAUUGCUCGCUCCCAUACUGAACAAGAGGGAGCCUGACUGCGACAGCCAAAUUGAGCACCCAGGCAACUUGUACAAAGGCAACUGUGGCAACCCAUCAGUGGGCAUCUUCUUCUUUGUCAGCUACAUCAUCAUCUGCUUUCUAAUUGUUGUCAACAUGUACAUCGCUGUCAUCCUGGAGAACUUCAGUGUGGCCACCGAAGAGAGCGCAGAGCCGCUCAGUGAGGACGACUUUGAGAUGUUCUACGAAGUGUGGGAGCGCUUCGAUCCUGACGCCACUCAGUUCAUGGAGUACAACAAGCUGUCUGACUUUGCAGAUGCUCUAGAUCCACCGCUGCGCAUGCCCAAGCCGAACAUGAUCCAACUCAUCUCCAUGGACCUGCCCAUGGUCAGCGGAGAGCGCAUUCAUUGUCUGGACAUCCUAUUUGCUUUCACUAAGCGCGUAUUAGGUGAAGGUGGCGAAAUGGACGUGUUGCGUGGGCAGAUGGAGGAGCGCUUCAUGGCAUCCAAUCCCUCUAAAGUGUCGUACGAGCCCAUCACUACCACGCUUCGCCGCAAACAGGAGGAAAUGUCAGCCAUAAUCAUCCAGAGGGCCUUCCGCCGCUACAUGAUCCGCCAGGCCAUGAAAAAGGCCUCAGCUCUUUACAAGGAGCAGCUGAAGGAGUGCAUCCGUGACCCAGACAAAGACGUCAUGGUCAUCAGCAAAUUCAACGAGAACUCCACCUCAGAUAAAACAGACAUGACCCCUUCCACUGCCUCCCCGCCCUCGUACAACAGCGUGACCAAGUCAGACAAGGACAAAUAUGAGAAAGAAAACAGAGAAAAAGAAAACAAAGGCAAAGACUUAAAAGAGCGAAAGAAAUAGACUCUCCCAAAAGGAACAAAAAAAAUAAAAAUGCAUCAGAGACAUUAUUGACGAGGGAACUUUGUUUACAGCUUCUGAGGGGGUAGAUAGUUGUACGCUUGUGUGUUGGUUGUUAAGAGAUGAGAAAUGCUGUGUCAGGUAUAAGGCCUAUCAUGAGAGAGCAGUCGUGUCAUUUAUGAAUACAUGGGAUCUUCUAAGAGAGGGCAUUUUGACACAAGACAAGAGAUGAGUGAAACAUUAUUCAGCAGACAUUGACAGAGAUUGAGUGGAAAAGCCUCUCUGCGAAACGCUUGUGAUUUUCCUAUUGGUUGUUGUUAUUAUCUGACACACUUGAGUGUACUGUUAAGUUGUCUGUAGCUAGUGCUGCUGCUACUACUACAAAUCCAGUGUCUUGAAUUUAACAAUCGCUAUAUCACUUAACAAGUACUUAUCAAGUUAAAAGCUUUUUUUUUUGGUUCAUAUUUUGGAGUUAGUUUUUUUUUAAUAAGAAAGAAUGUUUUAUACUUUUUUGUGUCAUUAAUGUGAGAAUGUGUCCACUGCUUUCACUGUUGUAAGGGCAGACAAAGUCAAUGCUGGAAACUACAACAACCAUCUGAGGCUACGUGUACACGUUGCCGGGUAUCUGGCAAAACGGAGAUUUUUCUCUGCAUUUGUGCCUAUCAUUUACAUGACAACAAUGGCCACGCCCACUGAAAACAAUGAUUUCUACAAACUCCAGCCAAAGUGGAGAUUUCAGCAAGUAUCAGUUUUUGCAUGUAAACAGAGGGAAAUGGAGAUCUCAGAUGGAUAUCACAGUUUUUGAUGGAAAUACAUUUGCGUCACAUGUGAGACAUGUGCAAAGUCACUUUUGUUGUGAUUCUUUUCAGGAUUCUGAUUGGUUAAUGGUACUCUUAUCGUCUCACCACACUGCGAUCGACAUGCUUGGCAUGCUCUUAAUGUUGUGGAUAUAUGGGGCUGUGUGAACAAAGAUUUUUCUGAAAACGGUCACAUGUGCACAAGGUUUUUAUUUUUAAAUGGAGAGGGGGAAAUAUCCGUUUUCCAAAAUACCCGGCUACAUGCAAACAUAGCCUGAAACUCGCAGGUUUAGUGCCAGAACGCUCUUGGUUCACACAGUAUACAAAGCUAAAACAACCAGCACCCCACCGAAGUGCGGCGACUGCGUCGCUGCGCUCACUGGUUUGCCAUCACUGAUUGUUAAAAUCUAUAUUGUGCUUCUAUCUGGACUGCCACCCCCCCCACACACACACCCACACAAAAUCUCCCAAAACAAAGAAGCUGAAUGUAUGCAAGCUGAUGGAAUGAGGCACAUUUAAGGUGACACAUCUACUCGUUCAUCCGCUGUUGUAUUGCAGUAAUGCAUUUGUUGUUCUUCCCUUUUACCCUCAGUCCCUCCUCCUCCCUAAAUCUGCCUUGUAAAGAAAAUAUCUUAAGUAAUGAAAUAUACUAAAAAAGAAAAUGUCAAUCUUUCUAACUGCUCUCAUGCUAGAACAUGACAAUAUAUCACAAAGACAUUUAAAGGUUAUAAUAUCACAGAUGUUUGUAUGACAUUCAUGUUGUUCUUGGUUAAAUUGAGAAGCGAGUGGUUUUAAUGUAGUGAUUUGGUUUGUAAAUAAAAUAGCUAUUUGGGCCCACAGUAUGCACCACACUUACAUUUGAUGUAAGAGCACUUUUUAUCCCCACUGCUAUGUUACACCACAUGUGGCGGUCGUACAUGUCAGUGUGUGCGUGAGAGGGCGCUCGAGUGUCUCUUUGUGUGCGUCUCUGUGUGUCUCUUAUGAAGGGCGACUGCAGUAAAGUAAGAAAGAAUAUCUACUUACGUGCGUGUGUGUGUAUGUAUGUGUGUGUGUGUGUGUGUGUCUGUGUGCAACUGGGGUCUGAAGGUUGCUUGUGUUGUACCGAUUAUAAAUAACAUUUUUACUGUAGAUAUGAGUGCAUUUUUCCAGUCUCUGGAUUUGAUUUACUUUUUUUCUAGGAUUUUGCUUUUCUUUCUGCACUGUAACACAUGAUGAAACACAUGUAUGGUCCCCAUAUCUGUAGAUACAAACCAUGAAGCAAUCAGUAGCCAUCUCUCAUUGCGCUUGUAGUGUUUUAGUGAACUGCAUGCAAGAAGUGACUACUGUCCGCUCAUAUGGUAAUAUCAUUUUAAAGCCAAAAGAAUAAAGGACAUAUUUUUUGUAAAUGCUUGUUUAUUUUUUCCAUUUCCUUUCCAGCUGUUUCUUUGUUCGAUGGUUCAGCCGUUUGUUUGUUUUUUCCUGUGAGUGACAUCAGCUCUUUGGUCUGUGAUCUGAACCUGAAGUAUGAUUGCUUAACGUGACGGGAACUUUGGUUGACAGGAUCAUUCAUGUGGUUCAAGUCCAUGUUACACUUAACUAUGUAUUGAUUUGCAAAAUGUGACAAGUGACUUUUUUUUUGUUAUAACCAAAGAUGUGGCAACGAAACACAAAAAUCUAGAUUUCCAAAAUAAAACUGAUUUUGGGAAGCACA